UGAGGUGUAGAAAGUGCCUUGAUGACAGCAGCAUCCUUAGAAGUAUGGUUAUGACGUAUUAUUUAGAUGCAUGUAUCUGAUCCCUUUGAUGUUUUCUCUGGAGUCUAAUAACAUGUGGCUUGUGAAUUCCCAGCAUGCAGCUAAAGGGGGGCUGGAAGGACUGCCAGCAAUGCCGCACCUUGCUGUCAUUGGAUCAAGCACGGGGGACAUAAAGAAGAUCAUCGUUGCAGUUGAUGCUGUAGAAUUCAUCUCUACAAGAAGUCUUGAGAAGGCCAUGGGCCUCCUCUUUGGUGCCUUCUUUGUGUUCAACGUGGCGUACCCUCCCGACUGCCCCCUCACCAUGGAGUUUUUGCAGAGGUACCUUGGGCAGAUCAAGCCAACGAAAGGGCGCGGCAAAUGCAGGGCCGGCAGAAUCACGCCAAAGUUACUCAGCCUGCUGAAAGCACUUUAAUUUAUGAAUAAAUGUGCAAGUAGAGAUGUACAUUUUUGUUUUUUGUUGCAUGUUUCAUGAGGUACUGCCCACUGCAAGUGACUGUCAUGUGGUCAUGUUGACCACACAAUAUAUUGACACAGAAUUAUGUUGACACUUGUCGUGUUGUUGGGCCAUCAUACUAACAGUACAGUUGCAUUUCAUGUUGCCAAGCCAAAUUUUGGAAUGGUUAAAGGCAUCGUCAUUUUUAAAUGACAGCCUGCUAUUACCUUGAUGGCCAACGCUGUACUGACAGUUAUAUAAAUUUCAAAUUUGCAAAAGUCGAAGUCAUGAAAACAGUUAAUUGACAGCUUGCCAUCACAGACAAUCAAAUGGUAUAAUUACGGUUUCGUUGUAUUUUGAAAUUUAUAAAAAAGACAUAGAAGUCAGGAAAAAACAUUGUCUUUUAGAAAUGACGGCUUGCUGUAACUGCUACGGUCAAGUGCUGUCAAAUUGACGGUUUGGUUGUAUUUCACAUUGACAAGAAAAACAUCGAAAUGAUGCAAAAACAGUCAUUUAGAAAUGAUGUUCUGCUGUCACUUUGAUGGUCAAAUGUCAUCAAAUUGACGGUUCGGUUGUAUUUCAGAUUGACAAGAAAGACGUCAAAAUGAUGGAAAACUGUCAUUUAGAAAUAAUGUUCUGCCGUCACUUUGAUGGUCAAAUGUCAUCAAAUUGACGGUGCAGUUGUAUUUCAGAUUGACGAGAAAAACAUCAAAAUGAUGAAAAGACACCGUCAUUUGAAAAUGACGGUGUGGCAUCAUUUUAAUGGCCAAAUGCUUGGAAAUAGAGCUGCCAAGGUAUUUCCCGUCAUUUUGACGUAAUUUUUUUUACAGUGCACGAACUACUUUGUCAUUUCUCCUCUAAUUUCAAAUUCAGUUUUGUGUAGUAUGUAGGCAGAUAAUGGUCACCAAGUUGUGAUGCUAAUCUCGUUUUUUACCACUGCUGUGCACAUAUGAGGAUUUUUUACAAGGUCAAGCUCUCUCAGCAAGUUGUGAAAGACAGCGUAAAUAAUUUUUCAUAGCAGUAAUUGUGCAUUGAUGACAUGACAUUUUUAGGAAUUGAUGGUUAUUUAAUUUCAUUAUUUCCUUUAUUUAUUUGUGAUAAAGUGCGAUGGAUUUUGACUGCUAUUUUGGCUAUCUGUUCACUAACUUAUUUACACUGUGUUUUGUGACUCUGCUUUUUAUUUUUUAUAUGUGGGCAUGCAUGGCCAAUUUCAUGCCUGCCUUCUACGGUUUGACAUAAACAGGCACUAACAUGCUCUUAGCAUGGCUAAUGAAAAGAGAGCAGAUUUGUAUUUGAUGGUAUUCUGGUUGACAAACUUGGCUAUUUGGAAAAUAUGCAGGUUCAAGUUCGCCCAUUACUAUCUCUGAUGCAAGCAA